CUGAAGUUUAAAGGUUGUUCUAGUUUGCUACCAAUUCCUCCGUAAUCCCGCUCUCAAAUUAUCUACAUGAUAAGACCCCGGGUUCGGGUAUAACAUCUUGUAUCAGAGCUUCUUGUUCCCAGACCCCAAAGGACCAAGAACACACUUCCACUCUUUCUCCUUUCCUUCAUCCUAAUUUCGUCCAAAACAUUCUCCCCCCCCCCAUUUCCUUCAUCCUAGCUACUGGCCUACCGUCACUCUUUCACUUCCUAGUUCAAAACAUGUCUCACACCUCCCAAAACAUCACCAAGGAAGACCUGGUUGCAUCCAAUGCCGAACUCAAAGCUCAAGUUGAGUAUUUGGCCAAACAAGUGGCUCAACUCACUAAAAUGAAGUUGAAGAUGACAGAGACACCCGAGGAAAGUGAAGACGAGCAAGAAGAAGAGGCCCAUGCAGAAAUUCCUUCCUCUUCCAUACGAAAGGACAACCAAGAGAAGUCCUCCGCUAGUUUCAAGGUUGAAAUCCCAACCUUUGAUGGAAAUGACGACCCCGAUGAUUUUAUCAAAUG